GCCUUGAAAGCCACUUCCUGAAGUUUCCUCUCCGGAUAUGACGGUUAAGUCACGCCCGCGCUUUAGUAAGUGCCAGUGUGCGCCAGUGACUGUGGUUCACCAAUGGCAGUGAGUGAGUGCGAGUUUCCACAACAGAUGAGAGUCCACUUGUUUAUCUAGUAUUUACAGAGGGCUAAAAAAAAUAGUCUAUAGUGAUCGCAACCUCAUUUACGGUAAAGAGAAGAUCUGUUUCAUCGAUUAUCUACCUAAAAGAAAGUGAAUACCUUUUUGCGGGUGAAAUCGAAAUACCAAUUCCGUCCGAUCUGUUUGCGUAGCGCUGAGCCCUGGUACCGCCGCGCUUUGACUGGUUCAUAGAAGACUUGGGAAAUCCAGGGCCCGGGGCUUCCGACGAGACAGAUCAUUCAUAGCAGUAGACGCCAAAGGCCCGAGAAGUGAGCAUGAUAUGUACAGGUCUUUGAAAUCUAUAAAAGAUAACGCUAACAGAAAUGGUUAAACAUACACCAGCGCUCCUACUUCUUGUUUGAGAAAGUAUAUACUACGAGGAAAUAAAGUUCAAAUAAGAAGGAUAAGGAGAUGACGAAAUAGAAGAAAAGAAGAGUGAGAAGAAAAAGAAGAAGGAUAAGAAAAAGAAGAGACAAGAGGAGGGAAAAGGAAAAAGAGAAACAGACAGAGACAGGUGGAGAAAAAGAAGAGAAAAUGCAGCCGAAAUACCUCGACUUCGACGACGUGCUGCCUCACGCCGGCGAGUUCGGUACGUACCAGUGGCUGCUCUUCCUCGGCCUGGCGCCCUUCUGCCUCAAUCUGGUGCUCAUCUACGUUGUCCACAUCUUCGUCAGCCUCCCACCGGAGCACCACUGCGUCUUUCCGCAAGCGCUCCUGGACGCAGAUGUUUCCAAUGAGCUCAAGCGCAACCUCAGCCUCCCCGUGACCCUUGACCUGACGGGGGAGGAGCGCUAUAGCAGCUGCCAGGUGUACGACGUAGACUACUCCCAGCUCCUACAGGAGGGUGUGACGUCUGCCAACACCUCCUGGCCGAUCCGCUCCUGUGACGCCUGGACCUUCGACCUCACUACCUCAGGCAACUAUGCAACUAUAGUGUCCGAGUUAUCGUGGGUGUGCGAGCGCGAGUGGUAUGCCAGUAUCUCACAGACUGUGUUUUUCGUGGGCGCCAUCGUGGGCGGGGUUGCGACUGGAUGGGCGGCCGACAAGUAUGGCCGUGUGCCCGUGCUGGUGGCCACGAACUUCCUCGGCGCUGCCUCCUUCCUCCUGACGGCGACCGCGGGGUCUCUCGCCGAGUACCUGGUCUACAGGUUCAUCGCCGGGAUCUCCUUCGACACGAUUUUUGUGAUGAUGUACGUCCUGGUCCUGGAGUACGUGGGUCCUCGGCGCCGCACACUCGUGGCCAACCUGUCGAUCGCCCUCUUCUACACGGCGGGGACGGUGGCGCUGCCGUGGCUGGCCAAGUGGGUGGCCAACUGGCGUCUGCUGUGCGCCCUGUCCGCCGUGCCCAUGAUGGUGUCCUGCGUGGCGCACUGGAUUCUGCCCGAGAGCGCCCGCUGGCUCCUCUCGCAAGGUGGGAUGCCCUUCCCUCGCGCGACAUGUAUUUCGGCAUAUUUGGUUCCAUCAGAACGGUUGUGCGUCGCGUGGAGGAAACGGUCCCCUGAAGAAGAUCCUGCUCGUGUCAACGGCCGCACGAUCCCCGAUCAGCCCCCCCUCUCUCUCUCUCUCUCUCUCUCUCUCCCUCUCUCUCUUUCUCCUUCACCCCUCUUUAUCACUCUCUCCCGUCGGCAGAAAAGCGCCAAGCAGGAGACUGAGAGCGCCAGCAAGGACGAUGAGCAGAAGACAGCCUCUGUGCUUGAUCUCUUUCGAACGCCCAGACUCCGGAAAACGACCAUAGCUAUCUGCUUAUUGUGGAUGCUGGUGAGCCUGGCCUACGACGGACACUUGAGGAACGUGUCGAACCUUCCCCUGGAUGUGUUCGUUUCCUUCUCCGUGACUUCGGCGACAGAACUACCUGCUGAUACCUUCCUGGUCCUGACUUUGGAUCGCUGGGGAAGACGCUGGAUGGCCUUCGGAACGCUGGGACUCUCGGGGGUCCUCAGCGUUCUCACUCUGCUCGUUGCGGAUAACCCCUUGGGCAUCGCAAUCCUAGCCGUCAUGGGGCGAUUCUGCGUCAACAUAUCGUACAACAUAGGACUCCAGUAUGCGGCCGAGCUCCUGCCUACCGUGGUGCGCGCCCAGGGAGUUGCUGCGGUGCACAUCAUGGGCUAUGUGGCCGCCCUCCUCUCGCCCAUCAUAGUCGAGCUGGGUAAGCAGACGCCCCUGUUCCCCCUCGUGUUCCUGGGCGUGGCUUCGGUGCUCGGAGGUGUCGUGGCCUUAUUCCUGCCGGAGACGCUGCACAGGGACCUCCCGCAGACGAUGAGCGACGGCGAGAGCUUCGGCAGAGACCAGGCCUUCUGUUCCUUCCCGUGCGCCGC